UUACCAACGUGUCCAAGGUCCGAGUGAGAGCGCGGAAGAUUUUAUACUCGCUGUCAAGCUCCAGGCAGAGAUGUGUCAUUUCGGAGAGUUUAAGGACAUGGCGAUUCGCGAUAAAUUGGUUUGCGGUAUUAGCGACAAGGACUUGCAGCAGCGUUUAUUCGAUGAAGAGGAUUUAACGCUGGCUAAAGCGGAGAAACUCAUCGUAAACAGAGAAUUAGCAGGAGCGAGAGCUAAACUGAUCUCUGGCGAUUCCAAUCGUGUAAGCGUUUUGAACAGAUUAGGAAGGCGUGACAGCUUCGAAGUUUCCCGAGAUCGCUCACGGGGAAGAAGUCGAGAGCCAGCUAGAAAGAGAAGCAGAAGCCGUUCUGAUUCAUUUGAUCGCAGGAACCGUUCUUCACCCAGGACAAAGACCUUGUUUUGCAACUUCUGUCGUAGAAAAGGUCACACGCGUCGUUUUUGUUAUGACUUGAAGAACAAGAGUAAGACGGUCAAGUUUGUCGAUUCUCCUGCAGAAAAGCCCAAGAUGACUGAGUAUCAGAAAAGUUUGAGACGUCGUUUAAACAGAUCUGUUUCGGAUGACGAGAUGGAUUGUAUGCUAAUCUCAUCGAUCAACAGAAUUAACGAACCAUGUUUUCGCAAUGUUUAUGUUGACGGUUUGAGGUUGAAAAUGGAAGUUGAUUGUGGCGCUGCAGUUUCCGUAAUCAGUUUGGAGAUGUACGAGGGAGAUUUCGAUCAUAUUCCGCUACAAAGAUGCGACAAGAAGUUAGCAGUGAUCAAUGGAAGCCGUUUGAAGGUUGAAGGACAGAUUGAGGUUAAGGUCGAGCUGAAUGGACGCACAAAGACUGUUGACCUAAUUGUUUUGCGAAACGGCAGCGGUUUCACUCCAUUACUGGGACGAGAUUGGUUGGAUGUGAUUGUUCCAGAUUGGAGGAAGGCUUUCGGAAACAAUAUUAAUCAACUGUCGGUUUCACCAGAUCAGAUCGUUGCAGAGAUACAAAGUUUCCGUUGGAGGUCGGGUGUACCUGGCGCACCGCAAUCAGCUUAAAUUAUUUGGCACUCGCAAGAAGGGCGGAGCUUUAAUUUUUGCGAGCAGCCCAACACGAAAAAGAAGGGGGGAGGAUGAUCAGCAAGAGGACAUUGACGACGAAGCUAGCGAUUUUUAUGGUUUCGCAGCAGAUUCAUUCAUUUAUAGAGGUUCACCUAACGAUCAACCAAUGGUUUGUGAUUCGGACGAUGGUGAUUCGGAGAGAAAUAGUUUACCGCCUGGCAACAGGGUAGUGGACCCCCAGGAAGGCACGUCUGCGCUACAGUGUAUGAAUCCAUCAGCGAGUUUAAGCCGUGAACCUAUUUGUUUGCGUCGUUCGAGUUGGCGAUUCUACGUUGAAACCGCUCGCAGAUAGCGCUGGAAGGAAAGUGUUGCUGAUUUUAUUCUGUUCUGUCAUAGUGCAUAUAUUUUCUGUAAACAUUGGUAAAAAAUGACUUUUAAACACCAAAUUACCGAUCAAUUUGUUGAUAAUUGUUUAUGAAA